CGUUCCAUUUGAUUUGCUAACGCCUCUUGUUAUAUUGGCGGACCGUUGUCACCGAUCUCCCGUUAACCUCGUCUGGAUGGCGCAGGGGAAGAUUGGGAAGGGGGCUCUAGACAGGCGAUAUUUCCGUCUUGGGAAUUAACCGUCGUGUUACCCAUUCUAUUUUACCGCUGUGGAAUCACCAAGAAUUACGUAGAUGGAGGACCGAGGUGGGCUACGGAGCUGGGUCUAGCCUUACCCUUCCGCGGUUGGUAUCCUCCGUAGUUGCUUCGAUCGCCAACUAUAUAAAACCUAGGGGAUGCCGUCGUUAGUUAUGCCAUCUGAAAGCCGAUCUUUACCUUCACGCAGACAAGAAAUCCAGCACUCCGCUAUACCGACAAAGACCGACAAUCAUGAAGUCUGCUCUCUUAUGCCUACUAGCUCCUCUGGCAGCCCUGGCGGCUCCCGCUGAGCUCGCAGGCCGCCAGGCGGCCCAGAGCAUCGACCAGCUGAUCAAGGCCAAGGGGAAGCUGUACUACGGGACGUGCGCGGACCAGAACCGGCUGUCGUCCGGGAAGACGGCGGAUGUCAUCAAGGCGGACUUCGGGCAGGUGACGCCGGAGAACAGCAUGAAGUGGGACGCCACGGAGCCCCAGGAGGGGCGCUUCAACUUCCAGGGCGCCGACUACCUCGUCGACUGGGCGACGGCCAACAACAAGACCAUCCGCGGCCACACCCUCUGCUGGCACUCGCAGCUGCCCGGCUGGGUCCAGAACAUCCGCGACAAGGCGAAGCUCACCCAGGUGCUCCAGAACCACGUGACGACCCUGGUGACGCGGUACAAGGGCAAGAUUUACGCUUGGGACGUCGUGAACGAGAUCUUCAACGAGGACGGCUCUCUGCGCCAGUCGGUCUUCUCCAACGUCUUGGGCGAGGACUUCGUCCGCAUCGCUUUCGAAGCUGCUCGCAAGGCCGACCCCAACGCGAAGCUGUAUAUUAACGACUACAACCUCGACCAGCCGAGCUACGCCAAGGUCACCCGGGGCAUGGUGGACCACGUCAAGAAGUGGAUCGCGGCGGGCGUGCCGAUUGACGGCAUCGGGUCGCAGGCGCACCUGUCGACGGGGCUCGCGGGCCAGGCGGCGGCGACGAUCAAGGCGCUCGCGGCCGCGGGCGUCAACGAGGUCGCCAUCACCGAGCUCGACAUCCAGACCGCGCCCGCCAACGACUACGCCGCCGUCACCAAGGCCUGCCUCGACGAGCCCAAGUGUGUUGGUAUCACCGUCUGGGGCGUGAGGGAUCCCGACUCCUGGAGAGCUAGCACCAGCCCCCUACUGUUCGACAGCGGCUUCCAACCCAAGCCCGCUUACAACGCCGUCGUUAACGCCCUAAAAUGAGUUGAAACCUACCUUAGGUACCUAGGUAGGUACUCAGCGGCUCUGUGUGCCGGUGGAGCUUUGGUAGAAAUGGGAAAGAAGGAUUAAGGUUCGGGAGAAAAUGCAGAGCGGUUUUAAUUGUAUAUAUUAUUGGAAGAUCUGAUAUAUAUAUAAGAUAUUGUAUAUCCUCAGACUGUUUUAGAGACGUGAUCGUACUCGAAGUAAUAUAUUACUUGCCGUGACGCGUUUAGGAGAUUUGAAUGUCGUCACCUAGCGUAUUGUACCGAGACGAGGAGGUGAUCAGA